AUGGUUCUGAUCAAGGGAAACGAUGUGGUCAAGGGACCGUGGACUCCGGAGGAAGAUGCUUUGCUUCUGAGCCAUGUGGUGAUCCACGGGGCUCGGAAUUGGAAAAACAUUGAACAAUUUAUUCCAGGGCGUCCAGCUAAAUCCUGCCGCCUCCGGUGGCGCAAUCAGCUCUCUCCGGAGGUGGCUCAUCGCCCAUUUACCCCGGAGGAGGACAUGAUUAUCAUGCAUGCCCAUGCGCGUGUGGGGAACAAAUGGGCGACGAUUGCUAGGUUCCUUUACAAGAGGACGGAUAACGCGGUUAAGAAUCAUUGGUAUUGGAAAUUGAUGAAGAAGGAUGAAGCCACCGUGAAGAUUGAAUCUUCGGAGCAGCCAGCUGCUUUCAUCGAUCUUACGACGACUGAGGGAAGUAAGAUGGAGAUCGGAGAGAGCAGUGGAGGUGGAAAAAUGAAGAUGAAGAUGGAAGAUUUUAUGGAGAUUGAUGUGGAAACGGAGAAUGAGCAAGAACAGCUGGGAGAGGAAGAUGAUGAUGAUGAUGAUGAAGAAGAAGAAAUGGUUAGGUACGGGCAGCAAAUUACUGUUACAGAAUUAGCGAGGCUGGUUAGGAAAGGAGUUAGGGAGUAUUUGAGGUCCAGAGGGAUAAUUAAGUAAAUUAAUUUGUUUUAAUAUUGAGAGAAUAAUAUAUAAUAAUUGAAUUUAAGGUAGUUCUGAGAGUG